AUGCGUCUAGUACGUCCGCUGGUGCUCGUCACUGUUGUCGUCGCGGGUCUUUUUGUCAGUCGCGCGUCUAUCACGGAGGCAACCGGUCGGCAGUUGAUGCCCAUCGACGUGAAUGCCGCUGCUGUAACGACUCCUGGGCGUAAAAGUCAAGUCCCACUUGGCGCCAUCGUGUCUUCCAACGCGGUCCAUGACCGCAGUGCUGGCGGUGGCAAGGUCACUGUGACAACGUAUCACAACAAUGGGUUGUGGCAUCGCAUCAAGCGGUGGUGGAAGAGGUUGAGUGGGCGCGAGGAACCUCGUGGUUCUGCAAAAGGACGUGACAUGGAAAGUCGCAGUUGA